UCUAGAACCGAGCGUUUCACACCAAACCGCUCAGAACCGUUCUGUUUACAUCUGUUUACAUCUGAACCAGUUAAUUAUGCAGAAAAUCUGACAAAUUGGAGGAAUUCACUUGUAAGUCCUGACCAUGUUGACAGUAUGCUGAGAAAAACACAUUGAGACAUAAUGUGUGAUGUGAUUUUUGAUGUUUUAUGAUGGAUCAGAUAAAUUAAAGGUUCCUAAUAGAAGUGGGGCAAUCGUGGGCUGGAGGUCAGGGAUCCAGCCUCGUGACCGGAAUGUCGCCGGUUCGAUCCCCAGGGCCGACAGUCCAUGAAUGAGGUGACCUUGAGCAAGACACCUAACCCCCAACUGCUUCCCGGGCGCUGUGGGUAGGGCUGCACACUGCUCCGGGCAAGUGUGCUCACUGCCCUCUAGUGUGUGUGUGCUCACUAGUGUGUAUGUGGUGUCUCACUUCACAGAUGGGUUAAAUGCGGAGGUGAAAUUUCCCCGUUGUGGGAUUAAAAAGGGUCUCUUAAUCUUAAUUUUUCAGCACCUGCUGUGCCGCACUCUAAAACAUAAACCCAGUCAUUUGAGUGUGGGUGUGUCAACAGCAAAAGGCCCACCCACUUUGCUCUGGUAGGCUGGAUCCAGAAGCCUAGCUAUGAUCAAUAAGAGUGGUUUCCAUGAAAGACGCCAAGUUCUCUCAUGAUUUUGGUCCCUCCAGUCCCUUCUUAACUCGCGGCCACAGACUGGGUCCGACAGACGAUGAGAUGUACCAGAGGACGACGGUGACGGUGAUGCAGAAGGAACCGGACAGUGGACCCACCAUCGUCAGCUACAGCUCGAGAGGGUUCAACAUCGACGGGAACAGAGUGAUCGGACCGUGCGCCGUGGUGCCGCCGGCUAUCCUGCAGUGGAACGUGGGCAGCUAUAAAGACAUCACAGUGGAGAGUUUGUCUCUGUUCUACCUGCUGGAGCCUCGUAUAGAGGUGCUGGUGUUGGGCACCGGAGCCCGUACGGAGCGUCUAGACCCCAACGUUCUCGCCUUCCUCCGGACGAAAGGCAUCGCCGUGGAGGUUCAGGACACGCCAAAUGCAUGCGCCACAUUUAACUUCCUGUCCAGCGAGAGGCGAAUCACGGCAGCCGGUUUAAUCCCGCCUCCAUCGUCAGCGCUCACUGAGUGACAUCGGAUACACGCAUCUGCUGGGCUACAGAGACUCGUGUGUGUGUGUGUGUGUGUGUGUGUGUGUGUGUGUGUGUGUGUGGUUUUCUCACUCAGAGACUGUGAAUCACUGUGUGGAUCUUCACACAUCACAAAAUCCCUGUUUAAUCACUUAUGAGUGACCGUCAAGCACUUACUGGACAUUGUAUUAUAGUCCUGUACAUAGUGAAGAACGGCAGCAGCUUCCUGUGGACACCUGUGAGUGUAAGUUUCUCCGUCUAACGGUUGUUAUGUAAUAUAAAGUGUCUUUUUUUUAA